CUAAUUGAAUUCAAUUCCAGCUGUUUGUGUCGUGCCUUCGCGGUGUGUGCGCGCGUUAUUUGUUCCGAUCUCUAUUCGAACAUCAAGGGGAACAUAGGUUUUCUAUUAGAAAUAAAAAUAUUUGUAGUUUUUGUUCGGUCGGAAUUAAACCGGUAACAGAAGAAAAGAUAUCACAUUUUUUACGUAGAUGGAAAUGAUUCAAGAAGAUAGUUACGAUUGAUUUCGGAGAUAUUGGUUGAGAUUCUGCAGAGUGCGGGCAAUUUGAAGCCCAUAAAUUUGUGCAGUUAGUUUAACUAAUCAUAGAGUAGAAGAACUCAGAUAAAACUGGACACUAACAUGAAGAAUCACGGCAACAAUAUGAACUACUUUACUGAGUCAUCUGACGAUGAUGACGAAGAAACCAUGUUGAUCAAAAAAGUUCAGCAGGACAACAAACUAUGGGACUCAUUCCAAGAUCCACCGGUGCAGCAGACGUCCGGUUCAGCUGCCAGUCAGGAGUAUCUGAGUGUGUUCAUCAAAUGCCUCAAAGUGUUUACGUACAUCUUCGUCUUCCUGGUGACCUUGGCCGCUGCUUGCUUCUCCAAAAUGUCCUUCCUGUUGAUGGCGGCGAACAUAAAAGAGGGAGUGAAAAACAGAUACUGUGACGUCCGGCAACCAGACAAACAGUUCGAGGCUAUUAUUCCAACAGAGCAACGGAUCGGGUGGAUGUGGGCCAUCAUCAUCUCGUUCACCAUUCCAGAGGUUGGCACAUUGAUUCGUUCUGCCCGCAUCUGCUUCUUCAAGAACAUUCCUCGGCCAUCAUUCGGUCAGUUGACCGCAGUUGCCCUCAUGGAAGGUUUCCACGUGACCGGUCUGGCCAUGUUGGCGUUCCUCAUCUUUCCCAAUCUGGACUCGGUGAAGGCAGUGAUGCUAACCAACUGUAUCUGUUUAGUGCCGGCAAUUCUUGGACUUUUUUCACGGUCUUCUGCGGAAUCGAAGUUGCCAUUCAAGUACACAAUUGACGUGUUGGCAAUCAGCGCUCAGUUGACGGGAUUCGUAGUUUGGCCAAUGCUGAAUAAUUCAUUUGAGCUGUGGUUCAUUCCGGUGGCUGUAUUCCUAAUUUCGUUUCACUGGUGGGAAAAUUACCUUUCACUUAAAAGCUAUUUCCGACCAUUGGCCACGUUGGCCACCAUCCGGGAGAAGCUGACGGAAUCUCGUUACUGCACCUAUCUGUUCAUAUCACCGUUCAAAGUGUUGCUCUUCAUGGCAGCCGGAGUGUAUCUGUCCGGCCAAACGGUGCCAGAUUUUUUCGCCAUGUUCAACGCCGGCUGGGGAAACCACACCAUUGUGGUCCGUGAGAUGGAAGCGAUCCUAAACGAGAAAUUUCCUGAUCUGAGUUCGAUAACGUCUGACCUGGAAGUGCUGGAGAUUUUUCCCAACAAAAAUGCAGUUCUUUGGAUUACAGUCACCCAUGUAUUGUGCUCCUACAUUUGCUACAUUUUCAGCAAGUUUUCCUGCAAAAUUCAAAUCCAGAGUUUUUCAAUGGCCUUUCCUAUCAACCUUUGCGUUCCGGUUACAGUUACUCUCCUGCUGGUAUUCUGCGGGCUACGUGAAGCCGAUGUUUGCUUCUUCAACGGAAUUCUUCCAGAUUAUCUGUUCUUCCGGAUGCCUCCAAUCUACUACUUGUUCGAUUACGUUAUAAAUGAGUUCUCUUGGCUUUGGUUGCUGUGGCUGCUGUCACAGACCUGGAUAACUCGACAUCUGUGGAUGCCGAAAAGCGAUCGCAAUGCAUCCACCGAAAAGCUGUUUGUUACCCCAAUGUAUAACAGUUUGUUGGUGGAUCAGAGCGUUGCUAUGAACCGGAGACGGGAAGAUCAGGAGGACUUUGUUAAAAAGAUUGACAUGAUCAAGGUGAAGGAUACGGAGAAAGCAAACGAAAUCGAUGCUAAGGCGAAUGAACGGAAGAAUGACACGAUCAAACCCUACGACAGAAUUCCUCAAAUUUUCAUCUGUGCUACUAUGUGGCACGAAAAUAAGGAGGAAUUGAUGGAGUUCUUGAAAUCCAUUUUGAGGCUUGACGAGGAUCAGUGUGCUCGUCGGAUGGCCAUGAAACACAUCCAAGCGUCUAAAGAGGAUAUCGAUCCAGAUUAUUAUGAUCUUGAAACUCACAUAUUCUUCGAUGACGCCUUCGUCAACGACAAGUCCAAAUGUGAAAGUGCUAACGAUUCUCCUCUAAACUCCUACGUGAAGGCGCUUAUAAACACCCUCGAAGAUGCAGCCCUGGAAGUGUACAAAACCAAGAUGCGUAUUUACCCGCCAACCAAAAUUGUAACUCCAUACGGCGGUCGGCUCAUAUGGACACUUCCCGGUCGGACCAAAAUGAUAGCCCACCUCAAGGACAAAAAUAAAAUCCGCCACAAGAAACGUUGGUCGCAGGUUAUGUACAUGUACUACCUCUUGGGGUACAGAAUCAUGCAGCUGAACACCUCACCAGAGCGGAAAAUGGUUAUCGCUCAGAACACCUACCUUCUCGCCCUGGACGGUGACAUCGACUUCCAACCGAAAGCCGUUUCCUUGUUGGUGGAUCGUAUGAAAGUAGAUCCGGAUCUGGGUGCCGCCUGUGGACGUAUUCAUCCGGUUGGUACCGGUCCCAUGGUGUGGUACCAGAUCUUCGAGUACGCAAUCGGUCAUUGGCUUCAGAAGGCAACGGAGCACGUUAUCGGAUGUGUACUCUGCUCCCCAGGAUGCUUUUCUUUGUUUCGGGGUCGUGCACUGAUGGAGAACUCGGUCAUGAAGAAGUACACCACCAAGUCCGACCAGGCUCGUCACUACGUCCAGUACGAUCAAGGGGAAGAUCGAUGGCUUUGCACUUUGCUUCUCAAGCAGAAAUUCAGAGUUGAAUACUCGGCUGCUUCGGAUGCGUACACCCAUGCUCCCGAAGGGUUCAACGAGUUCUAUAACCAGCGUAGACGUUGGGUUCCGUCAACUAUUGCCAACAUUUUUGAUCUUCUGGGAGAUGCCAGCCGAGUUGUUAAAACCAACAACAGCAUUUCGAUGCCGUACAUCAUCUACCAGUGCAUGUUGAUGUUUGGAACGAUCCUCGGACCCGGAACAAUCUUCCUUAUGAUGGUCGGUGCUUUGGUUGCCGUAUUUCGCAUUGACAUUUGGACGUCUUUUCUUUGGAACGGUGUACCUCUCGCGGCAUUUAUGGCAAUAUGCUUCUGGAUGAAGCAGAAGUAUCAACUGAUGGCAGCCUUCUUCAUCUCGGCCAUCUACUCGUUGGUAAUGAUGGCUGUGUUGGUCGGUAUCAUCAUUCAGGUCAUGGAAGACGGCAUUCUUGCUCCGUCUUCAGUAUUCUUCAUCGCCGUUGCGCUGCAAAUAGUGGUCACGGGGCUGCUACACCCACAGGAAAUGGAAGCUCUCCCCGCUGGGCUCGUCUACUACAUCACCAUUCCUUCCAUGUACAUGUUGCUGGUGAUCUACUCGGUGUUCAACAUGAAUGACGUAUCGUGGGGAACACGUGAGAAUCCCGCGGAAGCACCGAAGGCUGCUCCAGCGCAACAGGUGCCCCAAGGCAAGAUGCACAAACUGAUGGGGUACUUACGGUCCGGCGAUCAAGAAGACGAAGGCUCGAUCAACUUUUCCGUGAGCGGACUGUUCAGCUGCCUGUUCUGUACACAUCCGAAGUCCAGUGCAGAAAAACAACAAAUGGUAACAGUGGCCACUUCAUUGGCUGAAAUGAAUACCAAGAUGAAGGAUCUGGAAAUGAAAUUAACCGGCACCGUUACCGUAAUGAGAUGCUCCGAUGACGAGGAUGACGUUGAUGAGAUGAGCUGCCUUGACAUGCAUCACAGGCGCCAGGAAGGUGGCUCACCGACCGGGGUUUCCUCUCCAAUCCAAGUCAAGAAUUCCGAAAUGGAGGAGCCCGAAAAGCAAAUCAAUUACCUACCAGACUGGCUAUAUGACGUGGACCUGCGUAACGGCGACACGGAAACCAUCUCCGCCUCGGAAGAACAAUUCUGGAUUGAGCUGAUCGAAAAGUAUCUCAAACCACUGGACUUGACCGACAAACAGAAAAGCGAAAUGAAGUCCCAGCUGAAGAACCUGCGCGAUCUGGCCGUGUUCGCCUUUGUGAUGGCAAAUGCUCUGUUUGUGUUGGUCAUCUUUCUGCUCCAGUUGAACAAAAAGGACCUGCACAUUCAAUGGUGGUUCAACGCGAAGAACACCAUCAGCUUCGAUGAGAGCACCGUUGAGAUUAUCGUCCGGCGGGAGUAUCUGGAGAUCGAACCCAUCGGGUUGGUGUUCGUGUUCUUCUUCGGAAUGAUCCUGGUGAUCCAGUUUGUGGCAAUGUUGAUGCAUCGAUUUGGAACGAUUUCGCAGAUUUUGGCGUCCACGCAGCUGAAUUGGUAUUGUUCAAAGAAGGCGAAGGACAUGUCUCUGGAUGCAGAGUUGCGGGAGAACGCAGUUGAAAUCGCGCGACGGCUACAGCGACCUAAACCGCAAUGGGAUGAAGAAGAUCUGGAAGAUGAUCAAAAAGCGAUUGGAAGAAGGGAUACGAUUCAUAGGAUUUUGUACCAACACAAGAAUAAGCAAGAUUGGAGUAAUCUGGAGGCGAACUUCAAGAGGAACUACUACAAAGAUGGUGAUCUAAACUUGGGAGGGCGAUUGACGUUGAGCAGAAAGACUCUGAAUGUAUUAGACACAAGAAGAAAGUCGAUGGCUGAACAGAGAAAAAUUCGAAAGUCGAUACUUCGGGGUCAAAACCCUUACGAUACGGCAGGCGACUUGUGGUACCAGGGUAGUCCUGAUAAUGAAUUGAAUCAGCGAAAGAACUCUUCUCCACCAGGGUACAGUGGACCGGAGAGAGGUCGCAUGUCGAACGGUAACCGAUACAAUCAAUCACCAAACUUCCAAGGAAACAACGGCGGCAGAAUGAACUACGCCUACCAAAUUGAUGAGGAACUGGAGGAUUACUCUGAAGAAGAAGACACGGUGGAGUUUGAGCGUCCGACGCUGCAAAUGGAAAUGACCGAACGACCGACGCCCAACGCUAAGAGAAAGAGCAGAGUGGCAUUUGCUUAGAAAGUAGUGUGUUUUCCAAAUUAUAUCAAACGAACUAAUUUGUCUGAAUAAACAAGCAGAAACGUUGGCGUAAUGUUGAAAAAAAGCGGUAGCGUAUAGUCAAGCAACUGCAGUAAAAAUACACUUUUCCAAAUAUAAACCUUCAUGGCAGUUUAACAAAUCAA